GGGGCGCACACACGCAUGCGUUCAUUGCGCGGCGACACCACCAUUUUAGAGGAAGAAUGGAAAACACGGACAGUUAUUGACCAUCAGUAAUACGUCGAUAGUAUAAUUAAUAAGAGCCCAUGUUAAAGACUCGGACAUAUAGAAGAUUUCCGCGGGUCAACAGAAGAUCCGGUUUCUGAUACUGCGGUACCGGCGCGGAUCUGACAUCACUCCAGACUCUGUUCUGGGUGUAUUGUUGUUAUUCGUUUGUGUGUGUGUGUGUGUGUGAGAGUGUGUGUUCAAGUGAAACUGAAGAAGCGCGGUUCCGUCCAGAUGGAUGGAGACGAGGAGAUCCGCUCAGAUGAUGGCAGCGCUACUCCCGUUCAGGACGAGCAGGAAGACGCGAGACCCGGAUCACGACAGUCUGACGAUGAUGGCAGUGAUAACGAGGACGCCGCACACGAUAGGAAGUCUGAGAACGCAGACAGUAGUUCGGAUCACGAGGCCCGUGGAAGAGGAGCCGGAGACGGGAGCGAUUCAGAGCCCGAGCCGCCCCGUCCUGCAGACAGCGAUGAGGAAGAGGAGGGCAGAUCCCCUGUGAAGCGAAGAGCGAGCACCUCUGAGAACGACGAGGAAGAGGAGGAGAAAACGCACUCCGACCGGGAGGAACCCGAGAAGAGAAACAGCCCGAAAUCAGAUGCGGGCAGCGAUUCAGACGAGGACAAACCCAAACAGAAAACUCAGAGAGACUCUGAUGCUGAGGAAGAGGAGGAGGAGGAGGGAGGGAGGAAGGAGACGGGCAAGUGGAAAGCUGUGAUGAACUCAGACAGUGAGGAAGAGGAGGAGAGGCCAAAAGAGGAGGCGGGAAGUGAUGAAGAUGAAGGGCCCAAACGACGAGCUCUGGCUAGUGAUGAUGAUGAUGAAGAGGAGGAGAAGCCUGGUAUGUUUAGGAAGAAGGCCGUUCUGUCAGACAGUGAGGAAGAUGAAGAGAAAGAGGUGAAGAGGAGCAGGCUGGUGUCUGAUGAUGAAGACUCUGGCAGUGAUGAAGGCUUCGGGGGUCCUGAUAAGAGUUUAGCAGCUAAACUAAAGGAGCUGGGCUCAGACAGUGAGGAUGAGGAGGAUGCGAUGAAGGGGGAUGCAGGGAAGAAGGACGAGAAGGCUCUGUUCGGCAGCGACAGCGAGUCCGGCGAAGAUCAGGAGGAGAAAAUGAUCGCAGAUAUCUUCGGAGAGUCCGGCGAUGAAGAAGAGGAGGAGUUUACAGGCUUUAAUCAGGAUGAGCUGGAGGGCGAGCGGACGCAGACUCAGGUCUCGGGACAGAAGGAAAUGGACAACGACUCGGAUUCAGAUGAUGAUGAUGUGGACCGAAGCGGGAAAGACAUGUCCCACAUGUCAGACUUUGACGUCAUGUUGGCCCGUAAGAAAGCUCAGAGCGGCAAACGCAGGCGGAAUCGAGACGGAGGAACGUUCAUCAGUGAUGCAGACGAUGUCGUGAGCGCGAUGAUCACCAAAAUGACAGAAGCUGCAGAGGAGGACCGGACUCUAAACAGUUCAAAGAAACCCGCUCUGAAGAAGCUCAUGCUGCUCCCCACAGUGGUGAUGCAUUUAAAGAAGCAGGACCUGAAGGAGACGUUUAUAGACAGCGGUGUGAUGGCUGCCAUAAAGGAGUGGAUCAGUCCUCUCCCGGAUAGGAGUCUCCCAGCACUGAAGAUCCGAGAGGAACUCCUCAAGAUCCUGCAAGAAUUGCCCAGCGUGAGUCAGGAAACACUGAAGCUCAGUGGGAUCGGCCGAGCCGUCAUGUACCUCUACAAACACCCUAAAGAGUCCCGGCCCAACAAAGACCUCGCGCUCAAACUCAUCAAUGAGUGGUCGCGGCCCAUCUUCGGCUUAACGUCGAACUAUAAGGGAAUGACGAGAGAAGAGCGACAGCAGAGAGACCUGGACCAGCAGAUCGCCCCGCGCCGGAGACUCAGUGAGCCUCAGACGUCUGAGAGGCCAGAGGAGCCCAACGUCUUUGCCCCUGCGCUCAGUUCUGGUGGACAGACUCCUCGCAGAGAUCUGGAGAAGGUGCUGACGGGAGAGGAGAAGGCAUUAAGGCCAGGUGACCCAGGGUUUUGUGCGAGGGCUCGUGUGCCGAUGCCGUCCAAUAAGGACUACGUGGUCCGGCCCAAAUGGAACGUGGAUGGGGACUCAAACCGAAGUGGUCCGAUGAAGAAGGGCAUGUCACGAGUAGAUAAACAGCUGCGCCGCUUCGCUGACAUCAAGCGCCUGACGAAGACGGGACACGCGGUGAAGAUCAGCGUAGAGGGAAACCGCAUGCCCCUCUGACCCCCCACACGCUCCGCCUCUUUUCUCUUUCUGUUGUGUUUUCUGUCAAAUGUUGCCGGUUCUGGGCGUCAGAUCUCGUGAAGCCGCGUGUCUGUACUGUAGCUAUGCCUGAGUUUGCGUAGCUGCGCCUUUAAAAUGUAUUCAGAGCCCAGAGAGAUGAUCUGGGAACAUUAUGCGUUUGGUUCUUAUGUAUCUUUCAUAAUAAAGAGUUUCCAUGUUCUACAUUUUA